CUUCAUCAGCUCUUGGGACUCGCGUCUCAGACCCGUUUGCUGAGGUGUCUGUGGUCAAGGCUUUUCUCCACUCCCACUCUGUGGGUUUGGAAGAGUGCACGGAGCUGGCCUGGAUGGACUGAGAUCUGUGGGGUGGGUGUGUCAGGCCCGCCCAGGAGCAGGUCCUACCGGCACAGCUCAGCCCAGCCCAGAGUGUCAGAGUGUCAGCGGAAGCAGUCUUGGGGCAGCGGCAGAGGAAGAGCGGCAGAACACAGGUAUCCACUGCUGAAGUUGUGGUACCAAAGGCUUCCAGCCUUGGCCAGUCGUCUGCCCCUGAGGUCAUAGACUCCACUCCCAUGUCUUGCCUCUGCUUGCUUUGGGACAGACUCUGCAUAGCCACCAGGCUACCACCCUGGAGGUGAAAGCCAUGCUCGUACCUUAGCAUUCCCCAUGAUGCCUCAGCCUAGUUUCUCUUCCCACUUGGACACGAUGUUUGCCAAUUCUUCAGCCAAUGCCUCUUCUACCAACAGCCCUGUGCCCCAGUGCCGUGACUAUCGGGGCACGCAUCGUCUGCAUAUGGUGGUCUACAGCCUGGUGUUGGCGACUGGUCUCCCUCUCAACGCUCUGGCUCUAUGGGUCUUCCUGCGUGUGCUGCGCAUAAACUCGGUGGUGAGCGUGUACAUGUGUAACCUGGCAGCCAGCGACCUGCUCUUCACCCUGUCACUGCCCCUGCGCCUCUCCUACUAUGCACGGCACCACUGGCCCUUCCCGGACUUCCUGUGCCAGACAUCGGGCGCCAUCUUCCAGAUGAACAUGUACGGCAGCUGUAUCUUUCUGAUGCUCAUCAACGUGGACCGCUACGCGGCCAUCGUGCACCCGCUGCGACUGCGCCACCUGCGGCGGCCCCACGUGGCGCGGCGGGUCUGCCUAGGCGUCUGGGCGCUCAUCCUGCUGUGCGCAGUGCCCGCCGCCCGCGUGCACAGCCCGUCCUCCUGCAGGUACGAGAACAGCACCGUGAGCCUGUGCUUCGAGAGUUUCAGCGAUCAGCUGUGGAAGGGCGGGCUGCUGCCGCUGCUGCUGCUGGCUGAGACCCUGGGUUUUCUGCUGCCCUUGGCGGCUGUCGUCUAUUCGUCGGGCCGGGUCUUCUGGACGCUGGCGAGGCCCGACGCCACUCAAAGCCAUCGGCGCCAGAAGACCGUGCGCCUCCUGCUGAUCAACCUCAUCAUCUUCCUGCUGUGCUUCGUGCCCUACAACGCCACGCUGGCUGUGUACGGGCUGCUGCGGGCCAACCUGGUGGAAUCCAGCCUUGAGGCCCGCGAUCAGGUGCGCGGUGUGCUGAUGGUAAUGGUGCUGCUGGCCGGUGCCAACUGCGUGCUGGAUCCGCUGGUGUACUACUUCAGUGCCGAGGGUUUCCGAAACACCCUUCGCAACCUGGGCACCGCGCUCCAGACGAGGCCUCUGGCUACCAAUGGGGCUCGAGGGGUGCUCACCGAACCACCCUCAGAAACCACCCAAAACACCGGGCAGGACGCCACCAGUCAGGGGUUACUACAGCCUGGCAAUCUGGAAACACACAUCACCCAGAGCCCCCAGGAUUCAGCCCUCUGAAAGGACACAGCGUCACAGUGUACUCUCAGGCCUCCCUUAGGGUGUACAUUUCAGCGAGGUGGGCUGGGGACUUGGACUUUGAAGCAACUGCAGUCCUAAUGUGCAGAAGGAGAUAAGUGUGUAAGCAAGGACAGGAAAGCCAGAGUGUUGCUGGUGACAGUGUUAGCUCUGGUUUUUAUUCAGAGAAAGUCUGCUCCAGUAAGUAGGAAGCCAUGUGGUGCGUAUGCCCAUGGCUAAGAGCUGAUACAUGGAAGAGAAGCUGGAUCUCCUGGAUUUAGGUCAUCAGUCUGAGAACUGAAGAUUCCCUGACCUUGGUGAAUCAACUACACAGAAAUUCAUCCAUCUUCAAAUACAAAACUCAGGGUUGGUGGUGGGACCUAGAACCCACUGUCUGCACAUGCUGGGCCACCUCAUUCCCACUGAACCCCAUCCCAGCCCUACCUGCUGCCUUCUGUGCUGAUGUGAGGGCCAUGGGCACCAUGCCACCAGUCCCCAUGUGGCCUUCUGUGCUGACUUGAGGGCCAUGAGUGCCACACCACCUGCACUCACAUUCACUUGGCUUCCCUGUGCAGGUGGGAGGCAGAAUACACAGGUUUAUCUGAUAUGCACUGACCUCUUUUGUGACCUGAACAGUUUAGACUUGACACCCAGUAUGAGGUGGUGGGGCAGAGCAGAGCUAUGGGUUGAGUCCCUCUCAAAUCCUGGUUCUUUGUCCCUUUCCCGGCACAUUUUCUCCUUCUGCCACUCUCUGGGCCUCUUCCAUUCUGUGCCUUUAGUAUUCAGCCUCAUUCCCCCCCCCCCCCCAAUAGACUGUGCUGCUGACCUUGAACUGGGUAUGUAGUAGAGGCUGGCCUUGAAUUCUUUUUUUUUCUUUUGAGACAGGGGUUCUCUCUGUUGCCCUGGCUAUCCUGGAACUCAAUCUGUAGACCGGGUUGGCCUUGAACUCACAGAGAUCUGCUUGCCUCUGUCACCAAAGUGCUGGGAUUUAAGUGUGUGCCACUAAAACCAGCUUUGGCCUUAAUUUUUUUUUUUGGUCUAUUUUAUUCGUUUGUUUGUUUUUGUUUUUGAGACAGGGUAUCUUUGUGUAGCACUGGCUGUCCUGGAACUCA